AAGGAACGGGGCGGGGCGUUGCUAUGGAGACGACCAGUGUGUCUUCCUCUAUGGGGGAGCCGGCGGGGAGGGGCAAAGGUGAGGCCCUGAGAACGGGGAGAAGGGCAAGGAGAGACCAGGCUGACCCCACCCAGUCUGCCCCUCCGCCUUUUCUGGUAUCAGGCAUCCGGGAGUGCUCCCAUGUCCUUGCAGCAUGUUCCAUCGCUCUGGAGGAUGAUAGAGGCGCAACUCCAAUCCAGCGAGAGGCUCGAGGUGAAGGCUGUCUUGGGUGAUGAUGUUGUGGAACGAAGCCUGGAACUUCAUGCUGAGAUACAAACUCUGCUGGAAUUCUACCAAGAGCUGCAGUUGGGUCACCAAAGUCUGGAACCAAGCCCUGUACCAGCAAGCAACAGCUGGGCCUUGUUGGCUGCUCCUCCUCACCUCAAGGAGCUGGUGAGGGAAGAAAUCCGCCUUCUUCUGACCAGACUGCAGCAAAAGGCUUUACAGGAGGGCAGAGACCAAGAUUGUGCCAUUGCUAAGUACAGCCCACGUGUAGUCACCUUUGCUUUGAGGGUGAAUGCUGGCAGUAGUUGUCCUUCAUCUGGAAACAGCACUCUCAUCAGGCCAAUGUCCUUUGGAUUUACUAAUGAUCUGGAAGCCUUCUAUGAUAAACUGAAUAUUGCCCAUAUUGGUGAAAUAGCCUCUGAACUUAGGACCCUGCUGGAAAGUGAAUGUUGUGCUCUGGAAAGAUAUAUCUCUUACUUACAGAACCAGCUGGAAGAUGCACACCAGCACACCACAGAGUUCCUGCAAGCAGCAUAUGAGCCCACCAUGGCUGAACUACAAGAAGAGAAGCGUGCUAUGGAGCGGGACUUACAGCUGAGCCCAUCCAAGUCAUGCUAUAGCCCUCCCCAGAUGUCAAAGCUGCUUAGGAAUACUGGCAGCUCAUCCCAGCCCAGCCACCCAAGAGGCUCAGGCAAAGGAUUCAGUUUUGGAGAGACUCGUCCUACUUCUAACGUGGCUACUUCACCACAUCCAAGAGAUCGAACAUUUCCUUUAUACCAUCGGACACUACCCCGGCAGGGCCCUCCCACAAAAGGUCAGGUGGGCUGGAUGCACCAAGAAGGUGAGGAAUCCAACCAAGCAAAGAAAAAUAAUCAGUCGUUGCUACCCAGAACUGUGAUUCCAACAUCCCUGAACAAAGAAGGUGUGAUUGCUUCACCCUAUAGGACAAUAGCAUUAGAGCUGAACUCUGUCUUCCAGCCUGUGCCUCCUGUGGAACCAUGUCUGCUUCCCCGCUUUUGCCCUCGUACUAGGCUGCUGCGGUGUAAAGGCCCCAGCUAGGAGGAAAGAGACCCUCCACAUCCUCAUGAAACCCCACAUGCUUUCCUCUUGGGGUGUUGUGCCUUUUGGGGAACUUCCUGCACCUGAAUCAGAUUUCCUGGCUUUGCUCUUCCUUGGAUACAGUGUUGUGUCAGGUUCCAAGAAAAGUCAGAAAGAAGAAACAUGUCUCUUUGGUUUCCCUGCAACUGCAACCUUGCCAUGAGAUUUUCCUCCACCACCAUCACCUUGCACAUCCCCUCGUUCCCACAAAAAAAGACUAUACCAUCCUAUAUCCAGGAAUAUAAAUUUCAUUAAAAUCUAUUGGACUUUAAAAAUCUACAACUGGGAGAGUCACAGUAUGGGAAACGCAUCACAAUUAUUGCUAUGAACAAUGAGAGGUGGCAAAUGGCCAUUCCCACACUCUACACAGGAGGGAAGGACAGACAUGGAACCAUGCAUUAAAUAGUGCAUUUUCGGCGCAGAGGAGGGAAGGGAGUGGGUGUUGGAGGCUUAGGGCUAAUGUACCAUCAUGGCAUAGAGCUAUCUGUUCUCCUUCUGUCAGCUUAUGAUGCAGACAUUUGGCACUUAUACACUGGGCACUAUGCCUGUGUCACUGGCUGGGGCAGGUACCACAUGGAUAGGGACCAGACGUGCCCUUGCUGUUGGCACCGCAGCUACAACUGCAGCAAUUGUGCACAAUUGGGAGCUGAGGGGUGCCCCCAACAUGCACUGUUUGGCAUUGGUACAUGACUUGGCAUCAUUGCCCCAGGGCAGAGGGUAGGAUGGUGACUCCUGUCUCCUCCUCCAAAACAUCUCUAGGGGAUAAAGUGCAGGCAGCAACACUGAAACGGAAACAAGGGGUGAUGAGACCAGAAGACAGAACCAUUAGUAACUCCUACCCAUUUGAGCCAGUGAUGGCCCUGCUAUGUGUUAGGAAGUUUUACAACCAUAUGUGGCGCAGAUGCUUCUGGACAGCCCCUCCUUGCCUGCAGCAUGGAGGGUGUAGGGUUUCCACCCACCCCACUAAUACUGGAGAAAUGAGCCAUAAAAAGCCUACGCUUGGCUAGGAACAGAGGGUAAGAAAAAGUUGUGCUUUUUUGUUUUUUUGUGCUUCUCCCAAAUGGUGUGGGAAGGAUCUUGGCACAUCACCUGCCCUUAGCACCAUGGUUGGCUCUGCUCCUUUCCCUAUUGGAUGGGGCAGGGCUAGGUCCCAAUGGUCUCUUUCCAGUAGAGAGACCUGCUUUCAUUUUCACAUGAUACUCUUCAAGAGAAGAGUGUAGAAAUAGUGCUUCAGAAUGUUAGCUCUGGCAUCGGCUCUGCCAGAAUCAAUAGCAAGACCAAUGGACUUGGCUGAGCAUCCAGAAGAUUCAGCACAGUCCAAGACUGCAAACCUAUUGCAGAGCCACAUGUAGUGUCUUGCCUAGUGCUACCCAUAGACAGUGGGACUGUCCUAGAGAGUUGCAGUCACAAAGUGCAUCCAGUCUCUCAGCUAACCAUAUUCUAUGUGAGCCAGGGAGAUAUUGUAUGUUUAUUUCAGAGCUUGGAAGUGUGACUGAUUUAGACUACACCUCCCAGAAUUUCUUAUCCAGCAUGGACAGUAAUCACGCUGGCCAGGAGAUUCUGGGGACUUUAGUCCAAAAUAACCUCAAAGCUCUGAUGUAUGCUUCUCUGGGUGUGUAUGUGUAAGUGGAUAAGAGGGAUGGUUUCUGGAUGUACUAGGCCAGAUGAGAGGUUGUUGCAUGCUUGUGUCUUCAUUGGUUAGUGGUGCUUCCAGCCAACCCUUCUCUGGAUGUAAUCCCCUGAGGAGGGGAUCUUACAGAAAUUACUAGUAUGUCAAAUCUUCUUAAAGUGUUUCUAACAAGAAUGUUCCCUCUAACAGGAAUUAAAGGAAGAACUUCCUAUGGGAUGUUACUACCUCACUUUUCCUAGAUAUAAGAGAGGGCAAGGAAACUGGGAAGGUCUCUGUGUGGUUGGAUGGUGUGCAGUCUUCAAUGCAUCUCUCUGGAAGACCUCUGUCAGGGGCAUCAACCAGCUAAAGGCCACCUAGUCCAUGGCUGAGCUUUGCCAAGAAUGACUGGAUUAGAUUUACUACUCCCACCCCACCACCUGCCUGCCCUCACCCCUCCCAUUGAUAAUGUCAUAUCUUCUCUGUCGGACCAGUCCCUAUGGCCCUGAUCCAGGGCAGUAAGGUGCAUACCAUUCCCCAUAUAUUCCAGACCCUCUGGGCCCAGGUGCAGCUGCCAGAAACUAUCUGGGAGGGACUGCAUAACCAAUGAGGCUUCAACAGUCUCUGCUCCUGGUACCCUUCAAGGCACCCUCCCCGACUCUUCAGCCAGUGCACAGCCUCCCCACAUCUCUGACCCUGGUCCUGGCUGUGAAUAGGGGCCAUCUGAUCAUUACUGUAAACAUGAGGGUUACAAGAUGGCACAGGGCGAACAGGGCACUAAUGAGGUGGGUGGGCGGGAACUCACAGACCCCUCCCCCAGAGUCCGGCACAGCCUGGGAGCCAGGGCUCCCCCACCCAGUGGGGGGCACUGUAGUAGAUUGAGCAGAGUAGGGUUUUGAGGACCAGAGCAGGUGGGAAAGAGGAGGUACAAGGAGAAUUCCCUGCCCUGCCUCCCAGGCUAAGGUUCAGAUCUUGGAGUCCUGGCUGUGAGUUGAGCCAUUGCUUCCGACGGUGAUGGCAACAGCCAUGCCAGCCUCGUCGCUUUUGGGUUUUUCAGGGUUCAGCAGCUGCACUUCCAACUGGGACUCUGUGGAAGAGCUGAGCACUGGUGCGUAGCGGCCUGUCCGGUGCUCCAGAAGAGCUGGACCCCACUCACGGCUGGGCCGGGUUGCGUUUUUCAAACGCUGCAGAGGCAGAAAGCACAGGAAAUUAAUGUUCAGUGCUGAUCCCGUAACAACAUUCAAGGCAAGCACUCAUAUUAGUACGCACUUGUCUAGGAAGCCCCCCCCCCAUAUGCCCUUAUUUACCCAGUCUCACCUGUAGCAGCGAAUCCCCUUCAGAGCGCAUGAUGCAGAACACUGCAUAAAUAGGGAUGCAGAUGACUGACGAGAGCGCCAUGAGAAAACCAAUAGUGAUGGCCCAGGUGGGGUAGACAUAUGCAUUGUAGGAGAUGGGCCGAUACUGGAUCACCGUGAACACAAGGAUAAACUGGAAGAAGAGAGAGGAAGAAAACUGCUUGAAACCCAAUCCACAGGCCCAUUCCCAGCACUAAGAGACCAAAAUCCCUUUGCAGGUGUGUUGGUCCUUGUUCUUCAUAGGUGACAGUAAGGCCUGGUCAAAACGGUUCACUGCCUGAAGUCAAAUAAGUGGUUCCACCCACACAUGUAAGUUAAGGAACCUUACACCAAAUGCCACCCAAGAUAGUUGGGUAUGGGGGAAGAAAUCCUUUAAACAACUCUCCUGAUCUCAAACAAUAACAAUACAGUAAGAAAAUCUAAAUAACUGAUCAAGUAGGAUGUUAUAGCAGUUACAGUGGAAAUUACAAUGCUGCACUUGUGUACUGUGGAGGGGUGCUGCGUACAUGCACACAUUCUGUCCAUCCAUCCAUCCCUAGCCCCUCACUCAUUUUCCUACCUCAUGCAGCAGUUCCAUUCCCACUUCCCUCCCUUAUUGUCCCCUUUACACACUCACAAAGAUGAUAACGGGAGAGAUGAAUCUCCAGCAGAUCUGGAAGAAAAGGGGUGGUGGGAAACCCAGCAUCAUCUCAAUGUCCUUGAAGUAGUUCCGGUGUCCUUCAUGAAGCAAAAACAAAAGGUGGUCAGCAGACUAGAAUGAAACAGGGAUGUUGCAAAAAAACCCAACACUGUCCGUCCUCAUAGAUCUACUGGCACAGGGUAGUCUAUGGGCUUCCUAUGUUGGGGCCCCCUCUCAACAACUGAUCUCUCCUAUCUCCCCUGUCAGCCUUGUAUUCCUCUUCAUACCUCCUGUCUUUUUAUCCAAAAGUUUUUCCUGCUGUUAUCAAGGCUGUGAUAGAGUUUGUGCCAGGAGUCUCUGCCAUGAUGCCUCAAUGCGCUACAAUUUCCCACAAGAGCUCAGUAUCUGAUGUAGCUGUGGGGAAUUACAUUGAUAUCCAUGGACUGAACUACUGAAUGGUGAGUUGACACAUGGACAAAUUAUAUUGAUUUAAUGGGUCUACUUUAGUUAAAACUUAAAAUAAGAUUCAAACUAUAAUCUUUAGCAUCUUCCAGAUUGUCCAGCUGUUGCAAUUUUAGUCCUACAAGAGCUUGGAGGUGUUGACAGAGAACAGCAUUACCCACACCAGUUGUUCUCAAUCUUGGGCCCAUCAGAUCAUCUGGAUUUCAACUCCCAGAAUCUCUUACUACUGACCAUACUGCCUGCAGCUUCAGGGGAUUGCAGUCCAAAGCAACUCAAGGUCCAAAAGCUUGAGAACCACUGGUCAACAUCACUUGACUACAGAAACUAAGCAGUGAGACAGUCUCAUAAGCUAAGGAGCAACAGAAUAUAUUGAUUCCAUGCCUCUCUCUGCUCUAAGUUUGCCUCUUUAUUUUUCAGUCCGGCAGUGGUACUUAUGGGUGCCGGUGUCCUCUACUCUUGUUUUAGUGUAUGAUCAAUUUCCCAACAAAUCCGAGCUUCUUGUCAAUCACAUGAAAUGUAAGGGACCAGCUAUGAGAAGUGUGCUCCCCUGCCGAAUUCAGACUGAAUACUCCAGUUUACCACAACUGAGAGUACUCUUGAUCUGGCUUCCAGAUCAAGAAACACAAAUGGCCCUCAACUUCCUUUGCUCCUGAAACAGCAGGGCUGUGGUUUAAUAAUUCUGCCCCAAAAUUACCAUAUAUUUGGCAGGAUUCUUACCAUAGACAUACAUGAUGGCAACACACAUGAUGCAUGAAAUAACAACAAGUGAGAAGCUUGCUGCAUAGUUGUCCAUCAACAAUAGCCAGUAGAUACCAGCCUGGGUUGGGAAGAAAUGAAGAAAAACAGUUAGUAAAGGACUUAGACAACUCCUUGUUUUGUAGGGGCCCCAAGUGAGGGCAUAUUUCUGUGACCCUGCCCCAGUGUCACUAAACUUUGUCCUUGUGCCUCAUACCUGUGUGGUGAGUGGAACACCGAGCAAAAAGCCCACCACAGCCACUGCCAGAGUCACAAAGGUUUUCCGCCGGAUGAUCCAGUCAUUCCCUACUUCAUCCACAACAGCAGUAACAAGAGUCUCUAGGAGACAAAACUAAAACAGAAAUUAUUGAGGAGAAACAUGAGGUGAAGAUGUAUUGAUUCCCCCAAGCUAUACAAUCUUCUUCCCUUAGCAGCCGAAACUGGAUAUUUUCUCUUUCAUCUUUAUCAACUCCUAUUCAAUUCAAAACCAAGGACCAGGGCUGCAAGCAGAGAUACAUUGCUUACAGACCCAAAGAUACAUAGGAGCUAAUUUUUAAGCCUGAUUGUGACUUUGUUUUUGCAACAGCAGGCACUCUCUAGAUGUCAUUUGACAGCUAAUUCCAUCAGCCCCAGAUGCAUGUGUGAGGAAUGAUGGGAUUUAUUAUCCAACAAGAUCUGGUGGGCCAUGCAUUGUUUCACACUAUCUUUACCCCUGGAACAGAAGUCCACACCCAGUACUGUCUCUUUUCUAAUGCUUUUCAUUCAGCCUUCCCACUCAUUUCUCAGCCAAAAACUGUCCACAUCCAUAUCUACCUUGAGAAUGUAUAUAACUAGCCAUACUGUGACUGCUAAUGUAUCCAAUUGCCACUAUUGCAGAAGAACUGCUUCCCCAUAUAAACCUUUCUCCAUGCCUCCCUAGGAUUCUAGGUGAAAAUUUCUGUGGUUACCUGUGUUCCUAGCCCCAACAGGAUGAGCAUGAAAAAGAAGAGAACCGACCAAAGAGGGGAGAUAGGAAGCAGGGUCAAUGCCUCAGGGUAAGCCACGAAGGCCAAGCCAGGACCGUGGUCAGCCACCUUGGAAACAUCCACCCCUAGAUGGUUGGCCAUGAAGCCAAGGAUGGAGAAGAUGACAAAGCCUGCGUAGACACUUGUGGCACAGUUCGUGAUGCUGAUGAUGAUGCUGUCUCUGUGGGAAGUGGAAAGAAGUUUUGUGAGAUACCAGGAAAUGGGGACAGAAAAUGAGGUGAAAUCUUCUGAACAGAGGUACAGACAGCAAAACAAAUCUUACAGGAGUGUUCUAUCCUAUUCUAUCCAAAACUAAAAAAUAGCUGGAGCUACACUUAAAAAUGUACCUGUUCUGACAUACAUGUUCAACUUAAGAAUAAACCUAUAGAACCUA